AUGGAUGAGGAGUGUUGCUUUGGCAUCCUCCCGGCUGCCAAUCAGAGCGCCCCACUUGGGCGGGUGUACAUGUGCGCACGGCCGAUCCUCGAGUGCCUCUGUGACCAAGAGGGCACGCCUGAGGCAAGGGGGCAUCCCGGGACCGCCUCUGACAGUGGUCACCCGGACCCAGCAGCCCCGGUGCACGUGCAGCUCUUCAGCCCCUCUGCUGGCCCAGGAGGUCUGCGCGGCCCAAGCGAAGUGGCCAUGAGGAGCAUGAUGCUCCCAGUCCUGGCUCUUUGGGUGGGGUGCUGCCCUGGAGGGGCCCUGGCCGAGCAGGGGCUGAGCCCGAGAGAGCCCGCGGCAACGCCAACCUCCCCGGGCAUGCUGACCCUGCAGCCCCCACCGCCCAGCUGGCCUGGGCCCCCCAAUGGACAGAGAUGCAGCCUCUCAGCCAGGCGGGGGGCCCAGCCACCCCAGCCCACACUGGCUCCUUCUGCAGGUCAGGCGCGACCCACCCUCAGCAACAGCGGCCUGGACAGGCCUGAGGAAGGAGCCCAUGAAGCCUGCACCCAGCCCCCAGGCCCCAGCCGGAAGGCCCUUGCCAGGCCAAGGCCGGCUCAGAGGGAGGCGUCGCCCCCAGCAGCCUGGGACCAGGAGUGGAGUCACUACAAGGGGCCCAGCAGCAAGUGGGCCCAGCCACAGGCCGUAGCCGAAGCCCAAGAGCGGGCGGUGGCCACCAGAGAAGGUCAAGGCAGGAAGACAGGAGGCCGGGGGGCCAGGAGAAGGGGCCCAAAGCCCAGGAGGCCCCCCAAAGGGGUCCUCCGCCGACCUGGCUCAGGGAGCCGGCCUCAAAAGAAGGAUGACAGCCAAGGCCAAGGUGGCGGCUGCACCGAGGAGACCACAGACCGUGAGCGGAAGAGGCCGAGGAGCAGGCAAGGGCACGGACACAGGUUUCCGGACCUGGGUGCCGCCGAGCAGGCCAUGCCCCCCCUGCCAGCCUCCUGCCUCCUGGCCCGGGCGGCCAUCGCCUGCAGCAAUGUCAAGAUGAAACACAUCCCUGCCCUGACUGACCCCGGCCUAGCCACGCUCUACCUGGCCGGUAGGUGACCCCU